AUGCCGUCAGGCACCGGAAAGACGGUUUCGCUUCUGUCACUCAUCGUUUCAUAUCAGCAGUUCUAUCCUGCGAAGCGCAAGCUCAUAUAUUGCUCGCGUACGGUUCCAGAAAUCGAGAAGGCUCUUGAAGAGCUCAAGAGAUUAAUGGUGUAUCGCUUGUCUAGCGCAGAGACGGAGGAAGAAAAAGAAAAAGAACGAAGCUUCUACGGCCUUGGGCUGACAAGUCGUAAAAACUUGUGCAUUCAUCCGGAGGUGUCCAAGGAAAAGAAAGGGAAAGUGGUUGAUGCACGAUGUCGUGACCUCACAAAUUCAGCUGUGUGCGAGAAGGGUCGUCAAAACCCCGGAUCUGUAGACUUAUGUGACUGGCAUGAGAAUUUAGGGAAGUUGGAUCCCGGUAGCCUGAUCCCCCCAGGUAUCUGGACGUUAGCCGAUGUGUUGCAAUAUGGGCGUGAUAAUACCAUAUGCCCCUAUUUCUUGGUUCGCAGAAUGAUGCCAUUCGUAGACAUCAUAAUUUAUUCAUUUCACUACCUUCUCGAUCCAAAAGUUGCGGAGCAAGUCUCCAAAGAGAUGUCGAAAGACGCCAUAGUGGUGUUCGACGAAGCCCACAAUAUUGACAACGUUUGUAUUGAGUCGCUCAGUAUCGACUUGUCAAGACCCAUGCUUGAAUCCGCUGCGAGGAGUGUAGGCAAAUUGGGGGACAGAAUCGAAGAAAUCAAGAAGACGGACGCUUCUAAGCUCCAAGAUGAAUAUGCUAAACUCGUAGAAGGUCUCCAAGAAGCCGCUAACGAUGAAGACGCGUUUAUGUCAAAUCCAGUAUUACCUGAGGACUUGCUAAAGGAAGCCAUCCCUGGGAAUAUACGCAAGGCGGAGCACUUUGUGGCCUUUCUGAAGCGCUUCGUCGAAUACCUAAAGACCCGGAUGCGGGUGCUGCAUGUUGUUGCGGAAACGCCGCUGUCAUUUCUGCAGCAUCUGAAAGAUAUUACGUAUAUCGAACGAAGACCCUUACGUUUUUGUGCCGAGCGCCUGCAGUCGCUGGUUCGCACACUUGACUUGAGCAGACUGGACGAGUAUGCAUCGCUGCAGAAAGUUGCAAGCUUCGCGACCCUGGUCGCAACAUACGAAAAAGGUGCCAUCCACGUUGGGUUUCUUCUGAUCCUGGAACCUUUCGAGACUGACAACGCGACUGUUCCCAACCCGAUAUUCCACCUGACAUGCCUGGACCCCGCGAUAGCAAUCAAACCGGUCUUUGAGCGAUUCAGCACGGUUGUCAUUACCUCUGGGACCAUCUCGCCAUUAGAUAUGUACCCGAAAAUGCUGCAAUUUACGCCUGUUGUCCAGGAAACAUAUGCUAUGACCCUGACUCGCAAUUCAUUUUUGCCUCUGGUCAUUACGCGUGGCAGUGACCAGGUCGCGAUCAGCUCUCGUUUCGAAGUGCGGAACGACCCUGCUGUUGUUCGCAACUUCGGGAGUAUUCUUAUUGAAUACAGCAAGAUUGUGCCGGACGGCAUAGUGGCGUUCUUCCCAAGUUAUCUAUACAUGGAGUCCAUUGUGGCUGCGUGGAACGACAUGGGCAUCUUGAACGAAGUGUGGAAGCACAAGCUGAUAUUCGUGGAAACGCCCGAUGCUAACGAGACAAGCAUCGCGCUGGAGAACUACCGCAGGGCGUGCGACAAUGGGCGGGGAGCGGUUCUGCUCUCUGUCGCGCGCGGUAAAGUGUCCGAGGGAAUCGAUUUUGACCACAAUUACGGCAGGGCUGUCAUCAUGUUCGGUGUUCCGUACCAGUAUACGGAGAGUCGGAUUCUCAAGGCGCGGCUGGAGUACUUGAGGGACGCGUAUCGCAUCCGAGAAUCGGAGUUUCUUGGGUUCGAUGCGAUGCGGAACGCAGCGCAGUGUGUGGGCCGUGUGCUGCGCGGGAAAACGGACUGGGGCCUGAUGGUUUUUGCGGAUAAGCGGUUCGCACGUGCGGAUAAGCGUGCCAAGUUGCCGCGGUGGAUCAACCAAUACAUCACAGAGACGGCCUCCAACCUGUCCACGGAUAUGGCACUAACCUUGUCUAAGCUUUUCAUGCGGACCAUCUCACAGAAUCCGAACGAGAACCAGACGGGCGUCUCGCUGUGGACGCUCGAGGACGUGGAGAAGGCGCAGGCGCGGCAGCGGGAGCUGGCGUUGCAGGCGGCGGCGGCGGUGCAGGGACAGGCCGAGGGGAUGGACGAGGACGAGGAGUACGGAGACGGGGGGCUGGACGACGCGGUGCUGGGAGAGAUGGAUCUCGACGUAUGA